AUGACACCCCGUCUCGGGACCCUCCGUACCACCCACCCGACCAGGACUCCACACAGGCCUCCCCACGGCGGCCUAAGAAGAGAACUCCACGGGGGACGGGCAGUGGUGGCGAAGGAGAGAGAGACCCAGGAUACAGGACAGGAGAGGCGGCCGAAGAGCCUCUGUGCUGAGCUCCCAAGGUUCUGUCACAUGCUGGCCAGACCAGCCCUGCUUAACUGCUGGGGUCAGAACCGGUCAGACGGGUGGGGGAGGUGUGACCAUGGACGCCAGCAGCUUCAGCCAGACUCCCUGACAGUCUACACUGCAAACCUGCCAGGCUAG